UGAAUGAUGGAGGAAGGCACGCAGCAGCAUGAAGCGGAGGCUCCGUCGGAGGACGAGGAGCUUCUAAGAUGGAGCAAGGAGGAGCUGGUGGGGAGGCUGCGGAGAGCGGCGGAGGAGAAGAGGGAGGUCAUCGUGGAGCACGGCCAUCUGAUGAGGGAGGUGAACCGGAGACUGCAGCAGCACCUGAGCGAGAUCCGGGGGCUGAAGGAUGUGAACCACAAACUGCUGGAGGACAACCAGGAGCUGCGGAACCUGUGCUGCUUCCUGGAUGAUGACCGGCAGAAAGGGAAGCGGCUGUCCCGAGAGUGGCAGCGUCUGGGUCGGUUCAGCGCCAGUGUGAUGAGGAAGGAGGUGGCCAUCUACCUGCAGAAGGCAAAGGAGCUGGAACAGAGGCAGAUGGAGGUCAUUGGCGAGAACCUGGAGCUGAAGGAGGUGUGCUUGAUGCUGGCUGAGGAGAGAGCUGCAGCUACAGAUGGAGGCAGGUGCCAUGGGGGGCUUGGAGGUCAAGGGGACCCCGGCUGCAGGAACUCCAUAGACAGCCAGAGCAGUGUGUCUCAUUUGGUGGGAGGCGGGCCUGCAUACAGCCUGCUGCGGGAUGUUGGCGAUGGGAGCAGCACCUCCAGCGCAGGGAGCACAGACAGCCCUGAUAACCCCCACCACAAACCUCCUCUCCUGAGCUCUGUUGCCAGCCUAGGGUCUGGGUCAAGGUAUGUCUCCUUAGAGCGAUACAGAAACACGUGUAAGUCCCCUGCAAGGAGGCACAGCUUGAGCAUGGAGUACCACACCUUCCCACAGUCCUGCUGCACCUCAGGGAGGUCCCUCACAAACCUGGACCCCCAUGGAAUUAAUGGAGCCAGCCCUGAGAAACACAAGUCUCCUGGUAGGUUACAAUGUGACCCCCACCCCAAAGCUUGCAGCACCGACCCCCAAGUCCAGAAACAGUUUCUGAUGUCAGCGAGUGGGGACAAGGACAUGGCUAAGUCCAGUCCAAAGAUGAGUCAGAGACAGUGGCAGGGUCACAGGGCUGGUGUCGGCUGUAAUGGUCCUGAGGGCAAGCAGGCAGCGAUGGGGACCCCGGAGCACUUGAGGAAAGAGCGGGUGAUUGUUGGGUGUCCAGAAUCUAUACGACACCACCAUCAGCAUGGCCCUGGGACAGAACAUGGCAAGGGGAGGUACAGCAGGGAAAGGGGUACCAGAAGACCUGUGGGAGAGGAGACGAGCCCCCAACACCAGAGUCUAUACAACGCUUUGAUUUCCGUUGGCUGUUGCACCGGUUCCUGUCGGAAUGCGAGGCUUUGGGACAGUGACAACACACAAAGCAACAAACAGAUACUGACUGAUGACUGAUGGAAACCUGGGCAGACCCUGAAGAUCAGAUGGACCAGUGAAAGACAAGAGAGCAGACAAACGGAAUGGAGCAAUGAAGAGACCAACCACAGGAAACACAUUUUCUGCCCUGUUUGCUGCUGCUAACUGUUGCUAUGCAUUUCCACAAGAAAACACUGAAUGUCAGUUUGGAAGGGUGAAGGCUCAUCCUUUCAUCAGCAAAAUAAAGACAGGAAACUAAUUAUGAAAUCACCCAAUAGUUAUAUU